ACAGGGAGGCGCUGUAACUUAUUUUCUUGCCUAGCACUGUCGUCAAGGAAUGGAAGUGUAAGGCUAGCCGAGUGGUAGCUUUGGCAAUGUUGCCACUAUCAGAAUGAUAUCGCAGCGGGACAGAGGAGAACUGGCUCGGUUUUAUACUGUCACCGAUCCUAAAAAGCACCCGAAAGGCCACACUGUGUACAAAGUCACCGCAAGGAUCAUCUCCAGGAAGAACCCAGAGGACGUGCAAGAGAUAACGGUAUGGAAGAGAUACAGUGAUUUCCGGAAGCUGCAUCAGAACCUCUGGCAGUUGCAUAAGAGCGUGUGUAGCCAGUCGGAGCUGUUUCCUCCGUUUGCAAAGGCCAAAGUCUUCGAUCUGCGCUUUGUCUGGCGUUUUGAUGACUCGGUAGUUGAGGAAAGAAGACAGUGCUCUGAGGACCUGCUGCAGUUCUCCGCUAAUAUCCCUGCGCUCUAUAGCAGUCAGCACAUCCAAGAUUUCUUCAAGGGAGGCGACGUCCACGACGGCUCCGAGCUCAUUGGGCCGGCUGAGCCCUUUUCAGACUUCUUGGCAGACACUUCAUCAGACUGCAGCUCCGACGUUCAAAGAGACAUUAGUGGUGCGGAUGAUUUGACCAUCACAUCUGAAUAUGGUGGCCCGUCCAGUGGCAGCGCCCUGACCCCCCUGGCCGUGGGCACAGACUCCUUGGCUGGGCUGGAUGAUGGCAUGGCCUCAGGCCGCACGUCCCCAAACCAGCCACAGGGGGGAGCCAUCCGCACUAGCAGCAGCUGCAGCCCCCGCUUGCCCUCCCUGCGCCCUCGCCGCACCCCAUCUCCCGCCCCCGCCCCCCCAGCAGCAACCCCGGAGGUCAGCCGGCCAGGCCGAACGCCGCUCUUCUCCGGCCGUCUGAAGAAAGCCGGCGGCGACGGCCCAAAGGACGGGAAGUCCGACUACCUCGACGGGGCCAGUGAGCUCAUCUGUUUGGCUGUCGAGAAGGAAAAAGAGCGGGACUUUCAGGCAGCUUUCUCCUGCUAUCGCAGCGGAGUGGACCUGCUGCUAAAAGGAGUGCAAGGUGAGCCCAGUCCCACGCGGCGAGAGGCGGUGAAGAAGAAGACCGCCGAGUAUCUGAUGCGUGCAGAACAGAUAUCCAGCCAGCAUCUGAGAAGCAACAUGGGUCAAGGGUCGACGCAGACCGCGGCUUUGGGGGCACAAUGCUGCCCAUCCACCACCAGAGGAGGCCAGCAGAGUCCAUCUGAGGAGCUGAGAGCAUACAGGGUGUUGGGGGUCGUAGACAAGGUUCUUUUGGUCAUGGACAAGAGAACCAAAGAGAUGUUCAUCCUGAAAGGUCUGAGAAAGAGCAGUGACUGUUGGCGAACGAAGCGGACCAUCAUGCCUCAUUCUGUGCCCCACAUGGUGCAGCUGAGGAAGUUCGUUGUCUCUGAAGACACAGUUUUCCUUCUGCUGCAGUACGCUGAAGGGGGGAAGCUGUGGUCUCACAUUGCAAAGUACCUGCGUGACUGCAGCCCGGAGGAGAGCUUCGACAUUCCCUUCAUCCAGAAGAGCCACACGACGGCCGUGCACUCUCCGCAGCACGCCGCGCCGCGGCUCGACGUGGACCCGGCCGGUCCCGGCUCCGGGCCGGCGUCCCCUUCUGCUUCGGUGUCCGAGCUACGGAACCAGGCGGAGACGCCGAGGGCGUCUCCCAGGAAACGUGCUCUCCCUCCCGGGCUCGCCGGGGCCCAGUCGGACUCCGGAGCCACCUCGGAGGAAGAGUGCACCAACAGUUACUUGACACUCUGCAAUGAGUACGAACAAGACAAAGUCGAACCAGACGCACUGGAGGAGGAGGAGGAGGAGAAGAGCGAACAGGAAGUGCCCUCGCUGGAGGCGCCGGCCGCUACGACCACCGCUUCCUCGCGCAGCCGCUCGCUGCUUAGCAACGACAGCCUCUCGUCGCCCGUCAGCCCUCGGGACCUCGCCUUUUUCACCGAGGCGUCCGACAAAAGUGGCCACGCCCUCGACGACGAGCGGUGCCGCGGCGAGGAGCAGGACCACAGCGAGGUGUUCAGCCCUCUGCCGUCCCCCGCCGCGCCCCUGCCUUUGGAUCAGUCCAAGCACACGCCGAUGGAGUUUUUCCGGAUCGACAGCAAAGACAGUGCAAACGAGGUGACCUGUCCGGACCCAGGGGAGCAGCGGCCUCCUCAGAAGCCGGUUUCACUCCUUUCUACAUCUGACCUGGGCUCGGACGUCCCCGAGGAUCCUCCGGAGUGGGCUCAGGAGGUCACGGGCCACAGCUCCGGGCUUUGGGGGUUGGACUGUAGCGACGGAGGCUCCAAUGAGUCGGUGCCAGUCAUCUCGUUUAAAGAGGCGGUGGUGGAGGACGAGGGUCACCCGCCAGACCUUUUGGUCAACCUGCCGGUAACGGGUGGGACUGUGGACUCUUUACAAGAGGACGUAGCCCCCCCGGGGCUGGGCCUUGGCCUGGAGGCCACCGCCUCGCCUAAGAAGUUCAUCCAGCCUGAUGUUUUACAGCUUCACAGCCAGCCCGAGGAGGAGGGGGAGGAGCUUUCACCUCUACGUACGACCUCUGCAACUCGCGACACCAAAGUCGCAUCCUCCUCUCCCUUCAACCCGGUGUGGGACGACUGCAGCGUGGCCUCCGGGCCACAGGCGUCUGACACAAUGGUGGUUCACCCUACAUGCCAAAACACUUGCCUUGACCUUCCAGUGACUGACGCACUAAAUGGGAAACUAGGGGCUGGUACAAGAGUAGAUACGGACCUGGUUUCUGACCUCUGCGGCAAAAGCACAGACUGUAUCCCGGCCACGAACGGGGCCAAGGCGUGCGCGGUGGCCGAGGGUUUAUUCGGCCUAGAGGGUGAAUCAUCGGGGGUUAUCGGUAAUGCAGGGGGCUGCGAGUUUGAUAAAGAAGUGUCGCGGCUGUUCGCGGAGCUGGACGAGCUGUCGUUGGCCGCGUCCCAAGUUCGUAUCCCGGAGGCGUUCGUACGAUGCUGGGCCGCGGAGAUGGUGACAGCCCUGGACUUCCUGCACCAAGACGGCAUCUUCUGUCGAGACCUCAACCCCAACAACAUCCUGCUCGACCACCAAGGUCACAUUCAGCUCACCUACUUCGGCAGCUGGAAUGAUGUGGAGGAGUCCUGCAACAAGGAGGCCAUCGCCAAUAUGUACUGUGCACCAGAGGUGGGAGGAAUCGGCGAGGAGACCGCGGCGUGCGAUUGGUGGAGUUUGGGCGCCGUCCUCUACGAGCUGCUGACCGGCACGUCUCUGCUGCGAUGCCAUCCGGCAGGAAUCGGUCGCCACACGGCGCUCAGCAUCCCCGAGUCCGUUUCAGAGGAGGCCAGGUCUCUGCUGGAGCAGUUGCUCCAGUACAACCCAGCAGAGCGGCUGGGGGCAGGUGCGGGAGGCGUGGAUGACAUCAAAUCCCACCCUUUCUUUGCCAGAGUGGACUGGCCCAAAUAGACGCCGCGCAUGGCGGGACUGCAGAAACCAGAGCUGCAUGCUGGGACGCCGGCUGUCCUGAACGGAUCCCUCUCAGACCGCGAACACGAACAGAGAGAAAAUACAAACGACGCAUUUCGGCGCGCGUCUCCCGUCGGCCAGUCAGUCCCCCGUCUACUUCCCACGGAAUCUGCCAAGAAGCAGUAUUACUUUCCUCGUACAAUGUUUAUUUAUUUAUCUCGGAGAGGGUUUACUGUGUGACUGUCGGUGCAGGGAACACUAAACAGCAUGCGCGGUGCAAUACACGAUGCAAUAAGUGCUGCUACAGAGCGGUGAUGCACACAGACAUUGUUGCUUUUACGCUCCUCGCGCACCAGUUGCGGUGAAAUGGGACAUUUUUUGCGUUUACAUUUAUUAAGUUGUGUUCCCCAUUUGAGUUGAGUGAAGGCUGCAGACAGCUAGUAUCUUUGUAAAGAUGUAGUGGAGUAAAGUCUGCCCCCCGCCCCUCCCUUUUGUUCCUUCCUCAGGUAAACACUGAUGGCUCGGUCAGCACUUUUGGCGUUGUUUGCGCGGUUAGCUGCUUGCCGCCUGGUUGACUUAAUAGAAAUUCUCCCAAAUCUCGUAGGUUGUGUCGUACAUUCAACUUUCCUGAAAACACAAACAAGCGAAAAAGAAACCCAAGUGUGUGGCCGCCCUACACAUUCAUUUUAGCGCACCGAGCCCGUCGAGCAAAGCGAAUAAGGUGGUUGUGUUGCUCUUAUCCGAGGAACGGAUGCACACUACGAGAUCAAUGCACAAGUGUUUUCAGGCAGGAGGUGGUUUUGUUGUUAAGUGAAGUGUUUAGUUUAAAGAAGAUUGAGUUAUUUAAUUGUAGCUUGAGGAAGUGUCUGUUUGAUGCCUCCUCCCUGCACACACGGGGGCCCUUUUACAAAUCUGUUUUAAUAAAAGACAAAGACAGAAAACGCUGUACUUUUCACUACAUUUAUUUUCUGCAUGGAAGAAAUUAUGAUUGAUGUAAUUUAUGUAAUACUUUGACAAUUCUAUCAAACAAUAAAUGAUGUGUGUCUUGUAAAUACACCUUGAAAGGAUGUUGUGCGGGUCUCAACAACGUCCGGCGUGUCAAUCAAAUCCUUUUCAUUUUAUUGUGUGUGUGGUUUUGGGGACAACACAAUGUGCUAUCUUGUAACAGAUCUUAAUGCUGGUUUUGUCAUCUUCAUGUAUAAUAAUCAGAGUUUUGAGAUUUAUUUGAGCAGAAAUUCCUCCUGAAACCUUUUUCCAACACACAUCCAACCACCUUAUAUGCUUUACUGCAUAAUAUAAAUGACCAGGCCCAUGUUCCUCCUCCGCUAAUCACACUUCAAAUCUUAUUUUUCUCCUGUGCGUCGGCACCGGUCCGUCUUCAUAACAAUAAACAUACCUGGACGACCACGUC